AUGUGGACUGUGGACCGUGGACUGCCUGAGGUGUGCACAAUUCCAGAGCCUCAGGUGAGGGGUCCACCCAAAGCGCACUGUUCCUUCCGCCCCGAGCGCCCCGAAGUCACCAAAUUCCUGGGUUCCUCUGCUUCCUCGUUCUUACUUAACCUCACCGCUGCCCAAACACCAGAGAGAGAGAUCUUAGGCUUACAUCUAUCUACACGCAUACAUACAACGAAUCCAAGACAUUCUCCACGAAUUGCUCAAAACACCGUCGCAAACUUCUCCGCACGUCUCCACAACUUAUUCCUCCACAUUCGCCUCAAAGCGAACAACACACAGAUUUCUUUAAAAGGAUUUCCAACCCGCUGGUCUCGAGUCAUCUCACGACACGCUAUCAAUCAACUUCUGCCGAUCAACAUCCUCGACCCUUACCGCCCUAUAUCAACUCUAGUCGACAACCCGAAAUCAUCAUCAGAAAUGGCGCCAAUGAAUAAUCAGAAUUUGAAUUACAGUAGUAAUUACGGCGAGGCCGCUGCCCAGAAGGUCAACGUCCUUGCCUCUUGCUACCUCGUCGACUCUGCCGCCAACCUCAAGGGCCUCCACUACUGCACUACCGGGGUUGCAGGGGCCGAGUGGUAUUCCUGA